UGUGCAAAAACAGCGUGUCAUUUUUAAUAAAUACUAAAGGCUUUUGAAUUCCCGCUGAGUCCAUGUUGACAGGUUUGGGUGUUGAUACUCCACGGGGAAAAGGCCAAAUCCUCUAACCGUGCACACCACACAUCAUCAUUCAGCAGCUUGUCAUCUUUUGUGUCUCUGAAGUUUGCUUCUUUUGAUUGACUUAAAUCUCUCCUUGUCUUUUUGGGUGUGUGGGUGUUUCUGCAGAUGUCGCUGGAAGCAAACAUGAAAAAUGGCUCUCCUGAGAAAGGUAAACCGGUUCCUCGUGGUUCUGCUGAUCCUGAUGGUGUGUUUGCUUCUGCACAGCACUCUGCUCAGAGCCUCAACUCGACCCAAACUCUCAGAUCGCAGGAAGAACGUCGGAAAAUCUGCAGGAGUCCCAGCAGGGAAGGUGUCAGAGGCGGAUGACGUCGUCCCCGUUAUUGUCUGUGCGUCUGAGGAGCGUAUGGGUGCCAGCAUGGCUACAAUCAACAGCGUCCAUAGUAACACAGAUGCCAGCGUGUUCUUCUAUAUCGUAACUCUUCGUGAUGCCGUGAAACUGACGAGGAAGUACAUGGAGAAGACUAAACUGAAAGGCAUCAAGUAUAAGAUAGUGGAGUUUAACCCCAUGGUGCUUAAAGGAAAAGUGAAGCCAGAUUCAUCUCGCCCUGACCUGCUGCAUCCCCUCAACUUUGUGCGCUAUUACUUACCUCUGCUCGAAAUCAGCCACAAGAGGGUGAUAUACUUAGAUGAUGACGUUAUUGUGCAGGGUGACAUUAAGGACCUUUUUAAUAUCAAACUGAAUGCCGGCCAUGCGGCUGCUUUCGCUACGGACUGCGACCUUCCCUCCACACAUGAGAUGGUGCGCAGCAUUGGCAUGCAGACGACUUACAUGGGCUUCCUGGACUACAGGAAAAAGGAAGUUAAAGACCUGGGCAUCCACCCCAGAGACUGCUCUUUCAACCCGGGUGUGUUUGUGGCCGACAUCAACGAAUGGAAGAAGCAGAAGAUCACCAAACAGCUGGAGAAAUGGAUGGAGGAGAAUGUCAGACAGAACAUCUACAGCAGUGCGGUGGCGGGAGGCGUGGCCACACCGCCCAUGCUUAUAGUGUUUCAUAAGAAAUACACACAACUGGACCCACUGUGGCACGUCAGACACCUGGGCUGGAGUCCAGACGCCCGGUAUUCAGAGAGCUACCUGCAAGGGGCGCAUCUGCUGCAUUGGAACGGCCCAUUUAAACCAUGGAAUUACCCUGCUGUGCAUUUAGAUCUGUGGGAGAGAUGGUUCGUCCCUGACCCCUCCGGAAAGUUCUCCUUGGUACGACCGGAGAGUGACAGCUGAGGUCUGCAGAACGUACCAUGUGUGAGCGACGGGGGACAGCGAUAAAAAAUGUGAAUGUGAAGUUCAGAGUUGAUCUACCUUCAUCAUUGAAGGUGAAAAAAGAAAUGUGAAGUGAAUGUUAGACUGAGAAAAUUGGACUGCAGUACCCAUUUUAAACACUAGGUGUCCGAGUUACAUAUUGCUCCUUUAAACAUCUUCAGAACUUGUUUUCCACUUUUUUCAUCUUUUCUUCGACUUUAAUUCUUCACACACCAACUCGUUGUGAAAAGAACGAGACCUACAUUAGGUCAUUAGCCAUCUUUAAAUAAAGACCAAUGCUGUUCA